AUGUCCCCCGUGCGCGCCGAAUCGCGCCAGAUACUCGAAUCGCCACGGAGGCAAUUACGCAACGUGUGCAAGACGCCGUAUCGCGUGCUCGAUGCGCCCGAGCUGGCGGACGAUUUCUACGUGAAUGUUGUGGAUUGGAGUUCCACGAAUGUUCUGGGUGUUGGUCUGGGCAGUUCGGUGUAUUUGUGGACGGCGCAUACGGCCGCGGUGUCGAAGUUGUGUGAUUUGUCGAGCACGAGCGAUACGGUGUCGUCCGUCGCGUGGGUGCAGAAAGGGUCGACGUUGGCCGUGGGCACGAUCUCUGGAAAACUACACAUCUACGACGCGGUCACGCUCCAACUCGUGCGUUCGUACCCCGCCGCGCACGCAUUGCGGAUCGGAGCCUUAGCGUGGAACCAGCACGUACUCAGCAGCGGGAGUAGAGAUAGGAUGAUUCAGCAUCGGGACGUGAGGGAGCAGACGCUCAAGCCGUUUAAGAAGAGUCCGGGGCAUAGGCAGGAGGUGUGUGGUUUGAGGUGGAACGGGGAGGGGAUGGGCGGGGUGCCGAGUGGGAUGUUGGCGAGUGGCGGGAACGAUAAUAAGGUGUGUAUUUGGGAUUUGAGGGGGUCGAGGAGACCGGGGCUCGGCGGAGGACAAGGGCAGGGGACAGUGAGUGUGGGUGCGGAGGCGAGUGUGCCUGGGGCGGAGGGCGGCAUCGGGGACACGCCGUUGUGGAAGUUCCAUGAUCAUACGGCGGCGGUGAAGGCUUUGGCUUGGGAUCCGCAUGUGGCGGGGGUGUUGGCGACGGGGGGCGGCACGCAGGAUAAGCAUAUUAGGUUUUGGAAUGUGCUUUAUGGGAAUAAGCUUAGUGAGCUGGAUACCGGGUCGCAGGUCUGCAACCUAACCUGGUCCCUAACCUCGCACGAGCUCGUCUCCACACACGGUUUCUCCUCCACCACCGCCCAAAACCAAAUAUGCAUCUGGAAAUACCCCUCGCUCGACAUGGUCGCCUCGCUCACGGGGCAUACCUCGCGUGUUUUAUAUCUCGCGAUGAGUCCGGACGGGGAGACGAUCGUGACGGGGGCGGGGGACGAGACGUUGAGGUUCUGGAACGCGUUUCCGAAGAGGGAGGAUAGGGAGAGGGAGAGGAGGAGGGAGAGUCGGUUGGAUUAUGGGAGACUGAUCCGAUAG